CAUUUUGUUGUUAUUAAAUAAUAUUAUCAUUUAUCAUAACUCGCAGCCGCGGGACGCAGUCGCCAGUCACGCACUCGGCAGUCGGCACUACGCGGUCGUCUCGACUCGGCCGGUCUCACAAGUCACGGUUUCGCGGAUUUUGGACUGAAAUUUAUCUCCGCUCUAGUAUAAUACAUAUUUUAUAAGCGCAAUAACUAUUUUAUUUUAUUUCUUAUUUAUUACGACAUAGUUACGAUUGCGCGUGCGUGUGGGUGUGUUUUUAUUCGUAUAGUUUAAGAUUUUGUAUUGUCAUCUAGUUACUAGUUAGUUGUCCUUAACAAACAUGGUUCACUAUUCGACAGAAUCACGAUGAUGUUGAUGUUACGGAAUUAACGCCCGGUUUCGUUUGGAUAUUUGAUUUGCAAACUAAACUGAGGAUAUUGAAUUCAUCUAACUGUGUUUGUGGUGAAAUGCCAACACAUGAAAUCCUUCCCAGCAGAUUAUACGUGUUAAAGGCCACCAUCAUCAUCACUAGUUUACGAUGGUGAUUAACGUUUCUGUCUCUAAUCUCACAAACAAUGCAGCUUCUACUGCACUAGCACCAGUCAAGUCUGUGGCAGCUCCACAUCCGCCUGUGCAGUUCAGUCCAUUUACUGUUGUGAUCAUUGUUAUUGUUGCUUGUUUAAUGCUCAUUGGUAUAAUAAUCGUAAUUAGAAGAAAGAGAAGACUCGACAGACUGCGGCAUUCGUUAAUACCUUUCUAUUCAUUUGAUGCUAACGAAGAAGAAGACUGGGAUUCAGAUCUAUUACAACAUGAAGGUGGAAAUCAAUCCAUUCGUCAGCAUGGUCAAACAUUUAGACACGAGGGCAGUUUCCACAGCUGGCAUGAGAGAUUUAGUCCGAUUCAAAGAGCUAUGGAUCGGUCGAAUUGAACAUCAUGGCUACAGAAAUCAAAAGUAAAAAAGGAUCAUUCUUAUGAUGAAAACGUAUCUGUUAUUUCUACUGUGUCGAACAAUUUAAAUAUUAGCUAUUUAUGAAUUGUAUCUUGUCUGGUCAUGGUACAAGUAUAAUUUUGCAAAUCUCCAUCCAUCACAAUCCUAUUUUCCAAUCUAAUGACAAUCACUGUGUCACUUAAAAAAUACAAUCUUAUUUCAUUAAAAUUGGAACAAUCUAUUCAAACUAUAAUCAGACAAUGUGUGAGAUUAUUCAUGUUUAUAGAAAUUGUAACUUUUAAUGUGGUAUUGUUGAUAUUGUUGUUAGCUAUUUUUAAAAUCUACUUAACUGUAUAUAAUUAUAUAAGUAUUAAGUAUACAAAUUUAUACUCACCGACCACAAGCUUGAAGCUCAAUAUAUUUACGUUUUUAAAAAUAUUUAUUAUUUUAUAGCUUUUAGUAGCACCUGCUCAUUGUGCUCCCACUAUUUAUUUUUAUUUUUUAUUUGCAUAUUAUGUUUUAUAAUAUAGUUUUGAUAAUAUUUAAGUGUUAUGCCUACUAAAUUUGUAUUAGCAUUAUUGUUUCAAAUAUUGUGGUGAAUCUUCUGAUAGUAAUAAUCUGGCUUUAACAUUUUAUUACAGAUAAAAAAUACAUGUUUUUUACCAAUUCCCAAAACCAUAUCCCCUAUUUUGUAACAGAGCGCUUAUUAACAAGUCAAUUGCUGCAAUAUUGUUUUUUUUUUUUUUUUUUAUAAUUACUAUUAUUAUUAUGAAAAUGUAUACUCUUAACAUUAUAAGUUAGAGGUUUAAUAAUUCCAAAAUGAAUAAUUCAUGUCUGAUUAAAAAUUGUUAUUAGUUAAAUUAAUAUAAAACAGACUGAAUUAGUUUAUAGUCAUUUAUUGUAGGGAGUUGAAUCUGCUAAAUGUUUUUAUAAAAAUAUGUAUUGUGUUGAUUAAA